UAAACGAAGAUAAGGAGAUAAUGCCAUACGUGGGGAGUGAACGAACUGUUCGUUUCGUGCAGAUUUUGUGUAAAUAGAAUUGCAGGAAUGAACGUAUAUUUGCUUGUUUUGAAACAUCAAACAUCAAACUGGAGCUGGAAAACGUUUCUUGUCAAAUUAACCUCAAUUUAAUGUAAACAAAGUCUUUGAGAAAAUAAACAGCUUGAGUUGUAAAACUAAAUCCGUUGUUUAUAUCAACUAAAUAUUCGUUGAUUAUAUUAAAAUAGUAUUUCAAAAGUUGAUACAUUCCAGUUCAACUCUACUCUUUAUUACGAAAUGAUAGAAAUGAGGUUCUUUAACAAUCCUUUUGAAGAUUAUACACCAGAAGGGCUACAAGAAAGUAAAAACAAAGUGAGUCAAAGCAUAAACGUAAAAUGGAAGUCAACUAUGGAAAACUUACAGACCUUGGAUUUCAGUGACUAUACUGUUUAUACAGGUACUUCCGGCGUGGCUCUACUUAAAUUAUUACAAGAUCCUGACGACUUCCAGAAUUUAAAGGAGGUUUUAAAACUGCUUUCGCUUCACAAACUGAAAGGAAGAAGGCACACUUUCCUGUGCGGUGAUGCAGGACCACUUGCAAUAGGAAUAGUGGUACAUAGCAAAUUGGGAAAUCACGAUGAAGUUUCACAACUAAUAUCAAAAUUAACUUUGCUGAAUAAAGAUGUUUUGGAUAUUCAUUCCGAUGUAGCCAAUGAAUAUAUGUACGGUAGAAUUGGAUAUCUAUACGCAAUACUGUAUGUCAACAAAAACAUUUCACCUCCUCCUUUUGAUGAUAACUAUAUUAGCCAGAUUAUAGAGACCAUUUUAGUAAUCGGUCGUAAUAUCUCAAAGGCAGGUAGAUUUAAGUGUCCUAUAAUGUAUGACUGGCACGACAGUUACUACAUGGGAGCUGCACACGGACUUGCUGGUAUUUUAUAUCUGUUGCUGCAAGCAAGAGCAUAUCUUACUGAAGACGAAUUGAAUAAUGUGGUCAAACCUACCAUUGAUUAUUUACUGACUCAGAGAUUUCCAAGUGGCAACUUUCCAUCUUCUAUAGGAAGAGAUUCCGAUAAAUAUGUUCAAUGGUGUCAUGGUUCCCCAGGCUUUGUGCAUUUAUUGACAACUGCAUACAAGAUUUUUCAAGAUACUCGAUAUUUACAAGCAGCAUUAGAAUGUGGCGAAAUUAUAUGGCAGAGGGGUUUACUAAGAAAAGGAUAUAGUUUGUGUCAUGGUGUUUCAGGAAAUGCUUAUUCAUUUUUGGAGCUAUAUCAAACAACUAAGGAAGAAAAACAUCUCUACAGAGCCUUAAAAUUUGCAGAAUGGUGUAUUGCUUACAAAAAAGAACACGAAGAGCACUCUCCAGACAGACCUAAAUCUCUAUUUGAAGGUAUCGCAGGUCCAAUGUAUUUUUUGUUGGAUAUUCAAAAUCCAAUGGCAGCCAAAUUCCCAGGAUAUACACUAUAAAGACUGAUUUUUAUGUUUGUUUUAUUAUAUAUUAUUUUUUAUAUGUUUGAUAUAAAAUAAAAUGUUUAUUUUAAAUUUACAAAAUAUUAAAGACCAAUGCUGUGGCAGAGAGUAAGGGUAUUUUUGUAUUUCACAAAACUGGGCAAUUUGUUUGUUAUCAAUGAACAAUAGGUUAAGCAUCGAUUCAGUCAAUUCCAUCAGCCAGUCAUACUCUAAAUAGCCUAACAGUCUAAUAUGCUAUUUCAUUUGUCUUUACAGUGUUUGAAUAUUUACAAACCAAAAUCAACUUUUGUCUUAAAGUACAGAAUUUUAAUAAAUUUUAA